UCUAAACCAAUAAACUGUCAUUUUGACACAAAUUAUUAAGGCUAACGUAUUAAAAGAUUAGCACUGUUAGUUUGCCAUGUUUUAUGUAGUUAUAAUGAAAACUGUUUACACCACUUUUGUUUCAUGCAGUACAUUUAAAGAGCAAUUGUCAUCCGGUAGAAUUAUUUUAAUAUAAAUAAUACUGAGCUGCUUGUUGAAUGAUGGGGCUGUUAAAAUAGACCCACAGAACUUCUCUUUCCAAGUGCACAGGGAAACCAAAAGAAUAUUCCUGCUUAAAACUGUGAACAAAAGCCUUAAAUGAAAUUUACUGUCGUAUAUUGCAGUUCUCUGGAGCCUGAUUUGAUGUAUUUUUCAGAAUCCACACUUUCGUGGCAGCUCUUGAUGCGAGCAAAGCGAUAUAAUAGUAGUUUUGUGUUGACGCACAGAUUGUGCUGUUUUUAAAUGUAAAGUCAGGAAGAAAACUUGAGCGAUGGAAGGAGAAAUAAGAAAUGGGGCCCUUAGGUUGCCUCAGUUACACAAAAAGCACUAAACCCACCCCGGCGCUGCAGGGCAGCGGUUCGGAGCUGGGCCCGGCACAGCCUGAGGUGUUUGGGCGGGAACGGGCCCGCGGGGCCGCUGCCGCUGCCGCCUGAGGGAGGCGAUGGCGGCGGGGAGUGGCCGUGAGGAGCCCCCGGGGCCGGAGCCGGAGCCGUUCCCGGCACAGGGGCGCUGGGGCGGCCAGGAGCCAGCUGCGCAGAUCCAUUUUAAAAUUCUGAGAGGACACAGUGAUACAGUGAGCUCCUGCCAUUUUUGCUUUGAAGACACAAAAAUACUUUCAUGCUCUUAUGAUAGAACAGUGAAGCUCUGGGAUGUUGAGGAAUGUUUUCCUAUUCGAGUUCUUGAAGAAGCACACAUUGCCCCAAUUUCUGAGUGCAACUUGACUCCUGAUGACAGAAGGGUGGUAACAUCAUCAUAUGAUAAAACAGUCAAGGCUUGGGAUAUGGAAACAGGAAAAAUGCUUUGGACAGUAGAACAUGAAGGCAUUGUAACUUCAUGUAAUAUUUCUUGUGAUGCUAGAUAUGUGGUUUCUGGUUCAGACAAAGGGAAUACCAUAUACAUUUUUGAUACAAUGAGUGCAACAGUAGUGGCACACAUCCCAGGUCAUCACAAAAGUACAAUUACAAGAUGUUGUUUUGACCCUGAUAACCAAAGAGUGACUUCAGUAUCAUACGAUAAGUCCAUAAAGCUAUGGGAUAUGAUAACACGAUCCACCUCAGUUACAAUUAAUGAGGGGCACAGCAAUGCUAUCUCAGAUUGCUGCUUUACCUCUGAUGGUCAUUACUUGUGCACAGCAUCCUGGGACAAAAGCUUAAAAGUAUGGGAUAUAAAACCAGGAGAAUUUCAGUGUCAUGAACCCAUUUCCUUGAACCAAGGACAUGAGGGUUCUGUAAGUUCCUGCCUUUUUAGCCAAGAUGCAUCGCUUGUCGUGUCUGGCGGAUAUGACAAAACUAUAGCUAUAUGGGAUACAGAUGCAGGCUAUAAAAAGCUAAGCUUAAAGGGCCAUUGGGACUGGGUAACAGAUGUUGCGAUCAGCAAAAACAAUAAAUGGAUUCUUUCAGCCUCAAAGGAUUCUACUUUGAGAUUGUGGAAUAUUGAGAAGAUGAAUCAUAUUCCUUCAGUGAUAGACACAAGAAAAGCAAGAGGCUCAAAAAUUGCUCAGUGUGAAGAAUGUGAAAAACCUUUCUUAUGCCUGCAGUGUAGCGACUCUGAAAUUACAUCCAAGUGUGUGUUCUGUCGUCUGUCUUCUCCACUGGGAGAAACUUUGCCAUUCCCACCUUCCGUUUCUCCUGAUGUUUAAAUUAAUCUAGCAGUCUUGGGAUGUCGGCACAUUUAAGUAUAAAUGGAGUGUCUGUAUAUCUUUAUGUAAUACAUGUAUAAAGCUAAGACUUUCCUGUAAUCUGGCUCUAAUUUAGUGUUCUGUAUGAAGAAUAAUAAAAUACAUUGUACUAAUCCAUUAAAUAGCCAUGAUGUAUGAGGUAAAGAAUAAAAUCCCCAGGAGUAGAAAUCUUAUUUAUGCUGCAUGGUACUAGCAAAUAAAACUACUUGUCCUUUGGAAAAUUUUAAACAAUUUAAAGUGAAUAUACUAGUUCCAAGUUCAAUUUACUAAAGAAAAUGUGUGGAUAUGUAAAUUAUUGACAGGUUUCCUUCCAUUCUUUAGAUAAACCAUUCUUCUUUACUAGGGCAAAGAAAGAAAGAAUCUUUGCCAUCGGUGUACAGCAGAAAGAGUUUUGUGAGUAGAACCAUGAAUAAGACCAUGACCUUUUUUCUAACUUGCUGCCGUAUCCCUUAUAAAAAUGUUGUAAAGGAGCUUUCAGGCAUUGAGAGUAAAUUAUGGUUCAUGUCUGACGUGGUGCAGCACCACUGAGUUCUGAGCAAUAAAGGCUGUCCCCAGCAAGGAGCUGCGUAUUCUGCCCUUUCAUAGGAGCAAUCCCAAGAGAAUUGUAUCUAUUCAAUAUAUGUGAGAGUAUCAGUUAGUGAAAGAUGAAAUGUUUUAAAAUGUUUGGAAGCCUUAUACCCAAAAUAGUGGUUUCAGCAUUUUUUUUCUAAAAGGAAACUUCAAGUGGGGAGAAUGGUUGGAACUGGGGAUGUGACAGCCUGGAAUGCAGUUAAGCUGUGGAAUACAAAAUCUAAGGAGGUAGAUUUCUUCCUCCCACCCCCCCUGCCUUGUUUGAUUUGCAUAGCAAUAAUUACACUUGAAUCUAAGGUUAAAUGAAAAGUAUUUCUAGGGAAUAGUAUGUUUUGUACAGAUGUAUGGCUUUGAAUAAGUAUUAGAUGAUAAAUUGUAUUAUUUUCCACCAUUCUUUUUUCCCUCUGUACUCCUUAAUUAAAUAUUGUUUUGUUACAGAGGCUAAAAGAAAAUGCCGUGUCUAUGCUCCUUAUAUGUGUGGUGGGGUUUUUUUGUGUGUGUUUUCAGAAUGUGCAUGUUUUAUUGCUAAAUUAGUUUGGCUUUAGUUAGUAGUACUGAACUAAUUUAUGUAUGUUAGAAAAGGUUAGUCCUGGAAUAAUUGUUGUAUUAGAAUUGAAAGUGUUCUUUAUUUCUUUCUUUACCCUUUUCAGUUGGUAAAAUCAGAGCUACAUUUUUUUUCUGUUGAAACGGGGAAAAAAAAAAGGCAGUUGCUCUAUUGAGGCUUGGUUCAUUUUGCAUUAGUAAUGUGAACAGGUUGAACAUUUUCUUUUGAAUUAAUUUCAUUCUGUUCCCCAAAUUGAGAAAAACAAGGAAAAAUGAAUUCUUACGUUCUGGUUUCAAUAAAAUCAGUAAGUUUUAUUACUCUUUGCUGUUAUGUGUCCAUUACCUGGUUAGUACUUGGGUGCCACAGGAGUGAGCUCAUCUCCAGCCCUGAACUGCUCUCACCUGCAGCAGUAUGGGCAUGCUUGUGUGCAGUGUUGGUUUUGUGCAG